GAAGCUCGUAUCUGCCAAGAUUGUGAUCGUGAAAAAGUUUCUUAUGGUUGGUGUAAAUUUUGUGAAUCAGAACAUAUGCGUUUGGCUUUCACGAGGUGGCAAAGUGGAAAUAAAUUCAUAGAUUCAUUAAUACAACGCACACAAAUUAAUGCAACACAAGUUUGUGAUUACUUGGAGUAUAUUAACUUUGAUAAUAUUGAAAUAAUUGAAUAUGUUGAUCGAGGAGGAUUUAGCAGUGUGUAUAAAGGGUUUUGGAUAGAUGGUCCUCGUUGGGUUUGGGAUGAAAAUGAAGAUUUUUGGAGGCGAAGUGGUCCCACAAAAGUAGCUCUUAAAAGACUUGAUAAUUCUCAGAACUUUUCUAUGUCGUUUUUAAAACAGCUUGAAGUAUAUCAUAACUGUCUUCAAAAUGGCUCGAUGGCAGACUGUUUUGGAAUAACAAGAGAUGAAACAGGGUGUUUUAUGUUUGUUAUGCGAUAUUAUGAUAAUGGAAAUCUUUAUGAAUACAUAGAUAAUAAUAAAGGAGUUAUCAGCUGGAGAGAUAUGGCUGAUAUUCUUUGGGGAAUCGCAGGUGGCCUUGAAAAGGUUCAUUCUGAAGCAACUGGCCAUAGACCAUACUUUAAUCGAGCACAUGAUAUGCAAUUAGCUUAUGAAAUUUGUUACAAAAAUUUACGUCCUGAAAUAAGUGAAGAACUUAAAUCAGAAAUGCCAGAAGAAUAUCGUAAAUUAAUGAAUCAAUGUUGGGAUCCUUUACCAGAAAAUCGACCAACAGCGACUCAAUUAAAUAAACAAUUAUGUGAUUGGAUUACUGCAAUAUGUGAUGACCCUAAUCCUUCUCAAAUUUCAAAUAGUUUUAGUAUUGCUGAAGAGAAAAGAUGGGAAUCAAUUGGAAGAGAAAUUGAAAAUAAACAAUCAUCUACAUAUACUAUUCAUAAAGAUGCGAUAUACUUCAGUCGUGUUAUUGAUUGUAGAAUUAUAAGGGAAUAA